CGAAGCGAGUGAGACGUGUUUUUGGUUAGUUCUUGUAAUCAUUUCAAAAAAAUAUAUUCUUAACAAAACUCAAAUCAAUCACGAAAAAAUUCUGAGUUCUUAUUAUUUUGCGUUUUUGAAUAUUCAGUUCAACAACGAAAAAAGAAAAAAUCGAAGCAUCGAAUAAAUAAUAAAAAUAAAUUCAUCAUUUAAAUAAAACAAACACCAUCCGAAUAAAAUAAAAAUUUGAUUUUCGUCAAAAAAUUUGAAAAUUAAUUUUUUUGUUAUUUUCUUUGGUGCGCAGCAAUAGUUUAUGUGAGAAAAGAGAAAAGACUUGAAAAAUAUAAUCAGCAACAAGACUUGAAGAAAGCAAGACCGAAAAAAAUCGAGUGAUAAACACUUUUGUUUGAAUAAACUUAUUUUUCAUAACUUUUUUAUGUUGGAAUUGAUAGCACGUCUAGAGCGCUUUGCGAAUGAAAUUGUUACGAACUCGAACAAUAUAAAAACGAAUAAAAUCUGAAACUGCAUUUAGUUAAACGAAACAAAAACAUUUCAUCUGAUUUUUUUUUCUGAAAAAGUUUUUUUUUAUACAAUCGAAAAUCAGAAAUCAUCUCAAAACCAAACAGUGAUUCAAAAGCCAAAUAAUCAAAGACAUAACGAAAUUUAAAAAAAACAGCAAAAAGCGUGCCUGAAAGCAAAGUGAUUUCUAUUCAACAAACAAACGAAAUUCAGUUCUUUUAUAAAACUCAUUUAUUUUAUGUGAAGCAAUUUUUGUGCAUUUUCACAAGAACAAUUUAAAAAACUGAAAACUCAAUGGCAAGAAAAAUUGAACGAUUGAAAAAAAUCCGUAAGAAAUUCGAUUGACGUUAAAUAAAAACAACAACAUUUUUAAUACAACAGAAUAAAGAGAACAUUACUAUACUGAAACAGUGUAUUGAACAAUUUUCCGGCAACAUACAUAAAAACGCAAACUUUUUCCUUGUGCAGUGCUCAUUUAGUGCGUGCGCAAUCCGUCGAAAAUAAAUUCUAAGACACAGAGAUAGAAAAAGAGAGAGAGAAAGAUGGCAGUCGGUUUUUUUGCUGAUGAUGGUGAUGACCACCUUAAUAGUUCUUACCACACAACAGUAAUCACCACAAAUUCGGCCACACAAACACCCCUACAGAGCCCGGUUAGCCACGAAUAUCUGGUCCAAGCAUUCUGUGAAGCCUUACACCGAUGCUCAAUUGCUGGAUCACCAGGUAUUCAAAGUGUACCACCCAGUCCAUCGUGCUCACAUCCAAAUGGUCAUGGUGAAGUAUUCUUUCCACGUGGAAGCAACAGUAGCAAUGGCAGUGGUUCAAGUAGUACACCAUCGCCACCAUCAACACCAUCCAGCAACAGUACAGUCAUCCGCAUGCAUGAUGACUACCGAUCGGCACAGUGGUCAGCACGAAGAAGUGUCCCAAGACGAAGAUACCGCUUGACAUCGGCAAGCGAUGAAGAAGAUUAUGAAGACGAACAGCCAUUAAGCGAUUACGAAGAGCAUAUGCAAUAUAUGGCCGAACGUGAACGUUUGCAAGUGUUCCCUGGCCGUGUUCCACCGCCGAAGAAACGAGAUACAACCAAUACACAGCCACGUAAAUCCACUGAUCCAAAGAUGUGGCCAGCAGUUGCUGCUGUCGUUGUAUUGGCUGUGGGUUGUGGCUUUUUAGUGUCGCGAUAAAUACAAAUCACGUGGAAAAAAAAGCGAAAAAGAUGAUAGUUUAAUGGUUGUUUCACACACAAAACAGUGCUGCAUACGCAGAAAAACAACCAAUUCCAGGUAAAAGUUGGCCAAUAUUGAAAACACACAAAAAAAAACAAAAACAAAACAAACCUCAAAAGAACAACAAGAAAAAAAAUUAAAUGAAAAACAAAAUAUGCGAACGGAGAAAACAACAGUCACCAUCAGACCGAACAUCAUGAUGUCAAACACCAACCAUUUCACCGGCUCUUCAAUAUCUGUUCUAUCCAAAUUCUCCGCAAAACAAAGUAAAUACACACACACCGAACAUUUCAAUAGAAAUGCGAUCAUUUUCGAUUCUUGGAGCUCUCUGCAACACCGUAGCCACACACAAAAACCCGACAACAAAAAACUGUAAUAAUUGUAAAAUCAACCCUUAUACUACCGUUUAAAUAUUAUGUAAUAAUCCAUCAUUUCAAAAUAUUAAUAUUUAGCGAAAUAGCAUA